AUGUACCUGAUCCUGCCGAUCGCUGUUCGCAGGCCAAGCAGUGAGCACGCAAGCAGCAGAACAGACGAGACGGCUUUUUGCCUCCUGAUUCAAUUAGAUGAGACCAAAGAAGAAAGAAUAGUUGUCCUGGAAACCGAAAAUGCUGUUCUUCACCUAAAACUUGCAGAGUAUCAAGGGUGGGCUGGAAGAAGCACCAAGGAGGUAUUGCAGCUCUACGCUGCUCGUGGCCAGCAGCAGGAGCUGCAGAGGAAUUCUGUUGUGACCCAGCUGCAUGGAGCAAUAAAGAGGCUGAAGCAAGACCUGAGGAGCCUCCAUUCAUUUGCUCUUGAGCUUUCAGAAGACUUUCAGCGUCAAAGCCAGGCUUACCUUCACCAAGUUUUGACAGCAGUCCAAGGGAUACAGCUGCAAAAUGAAGCAACGCAAAUGUUUCAGAUAAAAGCAUUUGAUCUUGAGCAAUCUCUACAAGAGGUGACAGAGAGAUAUGAGAAAGAAAAGCAGAAGAGGAGAGCUCUCCAUAACAGCUUAGUUGAACUGAGAGGAAAUAUCAGAGUCCACUGCAGGAUCCGACCAUUACUACCUUUUGAUACUGCUGCUGGACAUUCGGUAUCACAAGACAGGCAAAGAAACAUUUCAGAAGAAGUGGCAUAUGCAGCGGAUGAUGAAACUGUCCUUGUAAGGUGUAGCCGUCCUGGUCAUGCAUCAAUAAACAAGACUUUUCAGUUUGAGAGAGUUUACAGCGCUUCAGAGUCCCAAGACACAGUAUUUGAGGAUGUGGCGCCUUUGCUAACAUCUCUCCUGGAUGGGUACAACGUGUGUAUCAUGGCUUAUGGGCAGACUGGAAGUGGGAAGACGUACACAAUGUUGGGACCGCAGUUAGAGGAGAACUUCUCAUUCUCCAUAGAAGAUGAAUCAGAACUUGGAAUUAUUCCUCGAGCUACUCAAGAAGUGUUCAGGCUUAUUUCAGAAAAGCCACCAGGAAGCUACUGGGUUGAGGUUUCUGUUGUCGAAGUGUAUAAUAAUGAAAUUUUUGAUCUUCUGGCCAAAGACAGUUGUGGAAGAGCAUUUGGCAUCAAACGGGAUGUUGUCACAACCAGAGAAGGAAAGAGCGACGUUCCACUGCUUACGUAUGAGACCGUUGAAAAUGCAUCUGAAUUUUUGCAUCUGGUCCACAAAGGCCUGCAGCUGAGAGUCAAGCACCCAACGCUGGUGCAUGCUCAUUCCUCUCGUUCCCAUCUGGUAGUUACCUUGACCAUCACCACAGCUGUCUCCGGAGAUAACUCCAGCACUUCCUGGGAAGACGAACAAACCAGUCAGAGGCUACAUAAAGAGGUUUCGUGCACUUUUCCGCCAAAAAUGAGAGACAAUAAAUCCACUUCUUCCUCCAGAGCCUCUUCGCCAGCACAGCUUGAAGCCGCUGAGAAACUGAAGCAAGUCAAAACCAGACUGCAGCUGGUGGACCUGGCCGGUAGCGAGUGUGUCGGGAUGUCUGGGGUGGCCGGUGCGGCGCUGCGGGAGACCUCCUUCAUCAACCGCAGCCUGGCUGCCCUCGCGGACGUGCUGGGAGCAAUAGCAGAACAGCGAGCCCACGUGCCGUAUCGGAACAGCAAACUGACGCGCCUGCUUCAGGACUCCAUAGGAGGUGAUGCGAAGCUGUUGGUGAUGCUGUGCAUCUCUCCUGACCAGAAGUACUUAACAGAGUCAAUGCAGUCUCUGGGAUUUGGAACCCGUGCUCGGCAAGUUCAGAGAGGACAAGUCAAGAAAAAAAAUGUCCUGGGGCAGAGUAAAGCAAAAUAA